CGCGCCCCGCAUCCCUUUUUCAUCUCCUCCCCUCAGCUGUCCUUCCUCCCGUGCCCCUUUGUUGUGCCCUUCGCUGUUCCGUACUUCAGUGACCUGCCACAGCCCAGGCACCAGAUUCUGUCUUUUAAUUUUUCUUCCAUUAUUUUUCUCACGUGUUUUCCUCUCACCUUUCUGUUUGGUACUUGAUCACUCCCAGAGUCUUUGUCUCGCCCAUUCAGUGGCUUAUUCGCUUGGCACCCCCUUCCCCUCCCGUCAUCGGUUGAUUUAUCCAGUACCCACGGAGUGUGUCGGCUGAACUGUCUCAGCCGCGGGGACUCCAUCUGGUGCUGCUUCUGCGCGCAGACAGAUCCUACGAAAAUUUGGUGAGCGGCCUCCACCUAAACGACUCACUAGGGAAGCUAUGCGAAAUUACUUAAAAGAGCGAGGGGAUCAAACAGUACUUAUUCUUCAUGCAAAAGUUGCACAGAAGUCAUAUGGAAAUGAAAAAAGGUUUUUUUGCCCUCCUCCUUGUGUGUAUCUUAUGGGCAGUGGAUGGAAGAAAAAAAAAGAACAAAUGGAACGAGAUGGUUGUUCUGAACAAGAGUCUCAACCAUGUGCUUUUAUUGGAAUAGGAAAUAGUGACCAAGAAAUGCAGCAGCUGAACUUGGAAGGAAAGAACUAUUGCACAGCCAAAACAUUGUACAUAUCUGAUUCAGACAAGAGAAAGCACUUCAUGUUGUCUGUAAAGAUGUUCUACGGCAACAGCGAUGACAUCGGUGUGUUCCUCAGCAAGCGGAUAAAAGUCAUUUCCAAACCUUCCAAAAAGAAGCAGUCAUUGAAAAAUGCUGACUUGUGCAUUGCCUCAGGAACAAAGGUUGCUCUGUUUAAUCGACUUCGAUCCCAGACAGUUAGUACCAGAUACUUGCAUGUAGAAGGAGGUAAUUUCCAUGCCAGUUCUCAGCAGUGGGGAGCAUUUUACAUUCAUCUCUUGGAUGAUGAUGAAUCAGAAGGAGAAGAAUUCACAGUUCGCGAUGGCUACAUCCACUAUGGACAAACAGUCAAACUUGUGUGUUCCGUUACUGGCAUGGCACUCCCAAGAUUGAUAAUUAGGAAGGUUGAUAAGCAGACCGCUUUACUGGAUGCAGAUGAUCCUGUGUCACAACUCCAUAAAUGUGCAUUUUACCUUAAGGAUACUGAAAGAAUGUACUUGUGCCUUUCUCAAGAAAGAAUAAUCCAGUUUCAGGCCACUCCAUGCCCAAAAGAACCAAAUAAAGAAAUGAUAAAUGAUGGAGCUUCCUGGACAAUCAUUAGUACGGAUAAGGCAGAAUAUACAUUUUAUGAGGGAAUGGGCCCUGUCCUUGCCCCAGUCACCCCUGUGCCUGUCGUAGAAAGUCUUCAGUUGAAUGGCGGUGGGGACGUAGCAAUGCUUGAACUUACAGGACAGAAUUUCACUCCAAAUUUACGAGUGUGGUUUGGGGAUGUAGAAGCUGAAACUAUGUACAGAUGUGGAGAGAGCAUGCUGUGUGUUGUCCCAGACAUUUCUGCAUUCCGAGAAGGCUGGAGAUGGGUCCGACAGCCAGUCCAGGUCCCAGUAACUUUGGUCCGUAACGAUGGGAUCAUUUAUUCCACCAGCCUUACCUUUACCUACACGCCAGAACCAGGGCCACGGCCACACUGCAGUGCCGCGGGAGCCAUCCUUCGAGCCAGUUCAGGCCAAGUGCCCCCUAAUGAAUCAAACACAAACAGCGAGGGAGGUUAUACAAACGUCAGCACAAAUUCAACCAGUGUCACAUCCUCUGCAGCAACAGUGGUGUCCUAACUACCGUUUUUUUGCUAGGACUUAAACUGACUUGAGUGCGGCAAAAUGGUGACAAAAAAAAAGAGAGAAAAAGGAAAAAAAUGAA